UGAUUCAGAGGAUUAUCUUUUCCUUGAAAAUCCAUACCAUGCGCUAGCGUUAUCCUCUUUGGCCUCCAAAGGUUGUUAUAGAUAGAACAGAACGCAGAACGCAGAACGCAGGUUUGAGUUUCCUUAACUGAAGCGAACUAAAAUGGGUGCGAACGCUAACGACUUGUCCACUGAGAUAGAUUGUACUAAGAAGGUUUCCAAUUGUUGGGGAAAUGGUCAAAUACCCUUUGCACUUCCUUUUCUCACACUCCCCAAUUCCAACUUCACCACUCUCCUCUCUUCACCACCUCAACUACUCCACACAUCAUUCACCACUGCCGCUGACAAUUUUUUCAGAUUUGUACACUCCCUCGCUUCUCAGAACCCCUUCCUCAACAAAGUUCUCUCUCUCCCCGCCGAAUUUCACACCUUAUGCGUGCAGAUUCGGAAGCAAAGGAACGUGGGGUUGGUGUCUAGUCAUAAUUUCGCUGCCGUUUUGCCCGGGGGUUCGGUGGCAGGGCUAGUGGUGGCUAACGGGGUUCUCAAUUUCUUGAACAUUUACAACACUUUGCUCAUUGUUAGGCUUGUUUUGACAUGGUUUCCCAACACUCCUCCUUCCAUUGUUAGCCCCCUCAGCACCAUAUGUGACCCAUACCUGAACAUAUUCCGUGGACUUAUUCCCCCUCUGGGAGGAACCCUGGAUCUCUCUCCCAUUCUAGCAUUCUUGGUCCUAAAUGCAUUCACCAGCACUGCUGCUGCACUCCCUGCCGAGCUUCCAGUCACAGAACAAUCAAAACAAGGUCUUGCAGCGCCAUUGCCCUCUACUACUUCACAGAAGAAAUGGAUGAGACGGUUUCAAGGGAACAGGUCAAGGACAUCUGGUGAUGAUGCUAAAUAGAACAUGGGAGAGUUUAUUUGUGCCUCUGUAUCUGUUUAUUAAUUUAGAUACGUUGCUAUUGUUCCAUCUUGAUUAUGAUAGUUCUAUUCUAGGCAACACAAAUUUUGAGCUAAUGAUUCCAGAGAUUGUAGAGUUAUGGAGUUUUCUGUGGAAAGCUCAAGGCUCAAACUACCACAGUCACAAUUUAUUUUGUUUUUAUUUUUUUACAGUACACAUCCUAUUGUUUUCUUUAAUCCCAAGGUCCUUAUUUAAA